CACUUGCAUCCUUGGUAAAACCCUAGCUAAUCGCCGUCGACCAACCCCAAGGACAUCUCUCCGCCGCUGCCGUCAACAUGCAGAACAAAGAGGGACAAAACAUGGAUCUCUACAUCCCCAGGAAAUGUUCCGCCACAAAUAGACUCAUCACCUUGAAGGAUCACGCCUUGACAAGCUGUCCAUUUUUUAUACCUAGGAUGGAAUUCGCAUUGGUUGCGGUGAGAUAAGGCAGAAAAGGAGACCCCAAAAUGGGAAUCGAAACUGGAAUCGAGUGGUCAACGAGGUCAGAGAGCGACGGCAAAGUCGAUGAUGACGGACGGAUGGAGGCUUCAUCGUCGUCGGUGAGAGGAGAGAGUGGAGAGGAAAUUCCUUCUGAAAUUGAAAUUCAUGGGUUCUGGAUACUAUACAGGGCUAAGCAAGAUGGUCCUGUAGUUUUGGGCUGGAGACAUCCUUGGGAGGGACAUGAUGACCAUGGUCAUGGAAGUGAACAUUAGGAUCUCUGUUGAUGCCUCCGAGGAAACAUUAUCAUGGUCCAAAUGGGCAACUGUCAUUUAGAAUUUCUUUCAUCAAUCUUCUUCUGUUUCAAUAAAGUGAUUGUAAUGAGCAUAAAUUCAUGAAGUACAUGUCAGUGUUAACUGUGGACUUUCUCUUGUUUUCUUUCCUUUUAAGAAAGUUUGUAAGCAUGCACUCUUUCAAUCUAUGAAUGUGUUUCUGUGCAUAUCUACCUUCAUCUUUUGUUUUUAACACUGGAGUUGAAGGUAAAUAAAGCAUCAAUGAAUUC